CCAAUCAGAUCAGAGACGUCACAAAGCCACGCCCCCGGAAAAGUCUUCCUGAAGUUUGACUUCCUGAUCAGUAUUAUAUAAAUACAUUCACAGUAUAUAUUCCUGUUUUUAUUUUGUAAAUAAAUCUGGAGUGACCCGAACUUAUCGAGGACACUGUGUUUGUCUGCAAUCGAGUGUUUCGGAUUAAAAUGAGCUCUGGACUAUGAGUGUACAAUGAAGCUGCUCUCAGACCACCAGGAAACAGCAUCUGGGUCUCAGCGGCGGAACCUCAGAGGCUUUCAUCACGGUGUUGGUGCCGCCGGAUCUUCCGGACUUCAAGUGCCCUUGUCUCAGAGCUCUGGAGGACACGAAGACAGUCCCGCAGUGCACACCGGCGCAUAUAAUCACAGCCCCAUGGUCUUGCCUACAGGGGCUGGCGGAGGUCAGGGUCACUCUCAUGUCCCACCUGCUUCGGUUCCAACACCAGACCAGCAGCAGUCCCGAAGGCUCAGGGUGGAAGACGCUCUUUCCUACCUUGAUCAAGUGAAAUUCCAAUCCAGAGAUCAACCUCAAGUUUACAACGACUUCCUGGAUAUAAUGAAAGAGUUUAAAUCUCGAAGUAUCAAUAUACCAGGCGUGAUUAUCAGAGUGUCACAGCUAUUCAAGGACCAUCCUGACCUCAUCAUGAGCUUUAAUACCUUCCUGCCCCCUGGCUACAGGACAGAAGUGCAGACUACCCACAUGGUGAGGGUAAUGACCCCUGGCCAGAUCCACCACAUCACGCCACGUGGCGUUUCGGUGCAGAUCCUCCCGAUUACACAGCCGACUUUUCACUCCGACCAUUCGAUAAGGCUGUUAAAACGUGAAAUGUGAAAUGCUGAGAUUCUCCGCAUAAGUCUGUCUUUAUGUAUUUAUUUAUUGCCUAUAUGGGAUCAGGGCUUGUAUUUUUUUUUUUGGUUGCAAUUUGCAACUGAAUGGCACUUUACAUGGGUCUAGAACAGUGUUUACUUGUGUAUUUGUGAUGUACAAAGCCUGUCAACAGCUUGGAAACACGUAGUCUUUUAUUGUUUUUUUGGGGACACAUGCUCGUUCCUUUUGUUUCUAUUCAACAAAUUAUACAGCAGGCGAAUUCACACAAGACAGUUGUGAAUGACUGGAAGAAAUUUCUGUGGAAAAACACGUCCACGUUUAACAUUUUUAGCUCUAACUAAAGAACUUCUGUAAGACAGAGAACAGGAGAGAAGAUGUUAGCAGACCAGAGUUGGAAGCUUAAUGAUUUGGGGUUGUUUUCGAGCAGAGAUGGUUGGAGACUUAUUCUGAAUGAAAGGAAUCCUGAACCAACACGGCUACCAUUCAGUUGCAGUUCCGUCUGGACUUCGGUCAAGCUCUGUAAGUGUUAUUUGAAGGGGAGACAAUCAUCUGGAGUUUUAUCUGUCAUGGAAUGGCCUGCUCAAUCACUGCACCUAAAUCCUAUUAAACUGCACUCAGGUGAACUGGAUCACAAAGUCAGAAAGAAAUAUUCAUCUAAUGAAAAACACUUGAGGCAUGGCAAAGUAUUUUAGCUGAAUGUUUGGAGAAACUGUUUUUUUUCCCAGUUUGUUGCAUAGAAAUAAAAGGAACAUGAGGUGUUUCCAAAUUUUUGUCUGACAUUUCUUCCUUUUUUAGGUUAAUAUUUGAAUACUUGAAUAUCAGUGAUGAUAAUAUUAAUAAUAAUGCUCUUUGGGUUUCUCUGCUUUUCUUCCACUUUGGUGGCUCUAGAUGUGAAUAAGCAUGUGAAACGUGUUUUUGUUUUGAGUCUCUGUCAUAGACUUGCUUCCUCUCCAGGCUGCAUUCCUCCCUCACGCCAGUGAUCCCGGGAUAGACUACGGAUCCACCACGACUCUGAUCAAGAUGUGGCUAUUGUCUGUUCAGCACUGUAUACUAGCUCUCGCUUUCAGCUUUGUUUAGCUGUGGUUUGCCAUCUUCUUUUUUUUUUUUUUUUUUUUUACAAAUAUCUUUCACAUAUCCUUCAUUUCAUCCAUGAUAUGACCAGAUAUACAGUAUGGGAAGCAGGGGUUUAUUUAACUUCAGAUAGAUAUAUAUAUAAAUAUAAAAAAUAUAUAAAUGUUUUUAAGCAUUUAAAUAAAUGA